GCUGACUGCUCCACUCUCAUCCAUUAGUGGCUUUGUGGACAACAACUAAAGAGAGGGAAGAAGGAGGAUUACAGACUUUUAAGAAUAACAAAGAGGAUAGCAGCCAACUUAAAGACAAAGUUAUAAGGAAGAAGAAGAAAAAAAAGAAAGUUAAUACACUUGAAGGAAUCUUCCCAGCAGGCUUGAGAGACUUAACUUUGUCUGCAAGUGAAUGAACUUAAACCGGCGUGCCUGAGAGAGCCGGGAACACGGAUCUGUUUCUACCCAAAGCGAAGGAGCUGGAAGGCACCAUGGCCGACAACGUGAACGAGGAGUCAGACUAUGUCCCUGGGAAAGAUGAGCUGGACUGGGGCUACGAGGAAGGUGUAGAAUGGGGACUCCAUUUCCCAGCGGCCAACGGCGAGUACCAGUCUCCGAUUAAUCUCAACUCAAGGGAAGCGCAGUAUGACCCCUCCCUCCUGGAUGCUGGCUUAUCGCCAAACUACGUGGUGUGUCGAGAGUGUGAAGUCAUCAACGACGGGCACACUGUCCGCAUCCUUCUCAAGUCCAAGUCAGUGGUUACCGGGGGUCCAUUGCCUAGUGAUCAUGAGUACGAGCUUCACGAGGUUCGAUUCCACUGGGGCAAAGAGAACCAGAGAGGAUCAGAGCACACGGUCAACUUCAAGGCUUUCCCCAUGGAGCUCCAUCUGAUUCACUGGAACAACACUCUGUUUAACUCUCUAGAAGAUGCUUUGGGGAAGAAGAAUGGAGUCCUCAUCAUAGCACUUUUUGUCCAGAUCGGCAAAGAGCACCUAGGACUAAAGGCCAUCACCGAAGUCCUACAAGACCUGCAGUACAAGGGGAAGAACAAGAUAAUCCCAUGUUUUAACCCCAACACGCUCCUACCCGACCCGCUGCUGAGAGACUACUGGGUGUACGAAGGAUCUCUCACCACGCCGCCUUGUAGUGAAAAAGUGACCUGGAUACUUUUCCGCUAUCCCCUCACCAUCUCACAGCUACAGAUCGAGGAGUUUCGGAGGUUACGGUCGCACAUCAAGGGGGCGGAGCUACUUGAAGGAAACGACGGGAUGUUGGGGGACAACUUCCGCCCCACCCAGCCGCUCAGCGACAGGAUUAUCCGCGCUGCCUUCCAGUGACUUUCGCUUUGCUGUGCCAUCUCGGUGAAACUCUGGGACCUACACGUACAAAAAUAGAAGGAGGAGAAGAAAACAGAGGAGUGGAAACGGGAAGAAAGAGGGGAAAUUAGUGUGAUAACAGAUCCAAGGCAAACUAGAAGAGGACGAAAAAGCUUUUAGUAUCAUCGCCUUCAGUCCAGGCUUUGUGUGUGUGUCAGUACAUGUGUAGGUGCAGCCAUCUUUUUCUGUAUGGUUUCUCACUCCUCCCCAUAGUGUUGCUGUUCACUGUGUGUAUUUGUUACACAUUCGGUUAUUGUGUCUGCGUGGUGAGUGUGUGCUGUGUCUAAAUCAUGAGAGGUUUCCACAAUCGUCACAACAGGAUGAAAAAUCGACAGCAGACGAACCAGAAGCCAAAACACACACACUGGGACACAGUUUCACACACUCACCCGUCAUGUUCUUCGUAUUUUAAUUCGCGUAUUUUAAUACUCCACUUAAAAUAAUACUAUUAUCAUUCUUAUGAGAUGAAUAUUAAUAAACUUAAAUAAAAUAAAAAAAAUCUGUUUUAAACCGAAGCUGUGAAUGAUAAACUGGGAAUAAAUGGCUUAUGAAGUUCUAUGUUCCUGCUCAUUUUCCUUCUUCUGGCAGUGAAUUCAACACCACUUUCAUCUUUUAAAAGACAAGUGAAAUAAAAAUCAUUGCUUUUAUAUGAACAUAUGAAAGCAAUAUGUGGUUGUUUUAAGGUACUGUACACCAAAUGGAGCUGGUAUGAUUUAUGGGAAUGAUGACUGUGACUGGAAAACAACAAUAAACUACAACUUAAUUUAAAAAAACAGAGUCUGCACAUGGCCUCCCAAGAAGAGCGUUUUACAAUGUCGUUCAUAAAGCAAACGCAUCUGAUGACAUGCAGGUGAAAACUGGCCAAUCAAGUUAAGCAGAUGUGGGAAACGCAUUUCAGUUGUCUUUUGACUCGCAGCGAGCUUCAGGUGCUGAUAUCAAGACACCGCAAAACUGUAAGAACUACAGGAGUCCAAUUUGGGGAAGGGUUUCUAAAUCAAUAGCUAGUUUGAAUGUUUUUAAGUCCUAAACGUAGCGGCGACGAUCCAGCCAAAGUUGUGGUACCGUAAUUCCGCCAUAGUUUGCGCUAUCUGAAAGAUUCCAACGUGGCGCUUUUCAGCAAUUACGGUAAUUUUACCCCCGUCUUUAGCAGGGAAAUUGAUCUGGGUGGCGCUCUCUUAAUAGGCGGUAAAUUGCGAAAAGAACUUACUAGAUAUUGAAAGUUCCAGUUGUUAUGGAUAAAUGGGCAAAUAUAUGUACUCACAGGACAUUUAAAUAACUGCGUACAAUAAAAAUAAAAGAUAUCCAGGCGGUGGUUUUAAAUUUAGGACAUAAAGGGUUAACGCACCACUGCAGAUUGUAAAAA